AUGAAAGAAGAAGAAGAAGAAGAAUUCUGUGGAUACGUUUCUUCAUUAAUGUAUCCACAGAAGUCCCUCUUGAAUCAAGUUUUUGGCACAUUUGCUAGCUCAUCAGCUGUUACAGGGUUGGGCAGUAGCUCACUUUCAUCCCCUUCUCGCGCUUCUUCGAUAUUUGUGAAAUCUCCGGUUGCAGCUAGAAGCCCCUUGAGGCUAGCAGGUACUCAUGGAGGAAAGUUCAUGUGCUUUGAGAGGGAUUGGCUGCGCAAAGACCUGAAUGUGAUAGGGUUUGGAUUGAUAGGGUGGCCAGCACCAUCAAGCAUCCCAGCAAUCGGCGGCAAGAGCUUGAGUGGUCUCUUCUUUGAGAGCAUUGGUACUGAGCUUGCUCACUUCCCUACACCUCCUCCUCUCACUUCCCAGUUUUGGUUAUGGCUGGUGACUUGGCACCUAGGGCUAUUCAUUUGCCUUACAUUCGGGCAAAUUGGCUUCAAGGGAAGGACUGAUGAGUACUUCUAAACUUAAGUAUUAGCUAGCCUGCCUUUUGUUUGUAAUCUCUCUAUGCAUGAUAUUUAUAUUGUGUCUUUUAGUGUUUUUUUAUAGUAUGGCUUGGUUAUUUUUUAAAAUAAUUUUUAUUUUAAAAUAUAUUAAAAUAAUAAUUUUUUAUUUUUAAAAAUUAUUUUUGAUAUCAACACAUUAAAAUAAUAUGAAAAUAUCAAAAAUAUAUUAAUUUAAAGCAAAUAAAAUUUAAAAAUUUUAAAAAUUUUAAAAUUUUUUAAAAUCACUUUUAAAAUGCAAUGUCAAACAGUAAUAACUCUUUUCUACUUGUUCAAAAGCACUUUCUUUUUUCUCUUCCUUGGUUAUACAUACGUACAAUAUUUGUAUGUAUAAUUAAUGUAUUAUGCAUCUAGCUAGCCAUGAUCCAAUUGAAGGGUAAAAAAAAAGGAGUGGGUGAGGAAUUGUUCCCAUUUUUGUGUUGCAUGCAUUAUUGUUUGGGGUAAAAUAUUGCUAAAAAGGGAAAAAAAAUGCAUUAAGCCGAGGAAAACGCCUCUGUUUAUGACGAUAAUUUAAUCCAAAUUUUAUGAAUAUCACUUGACCUGAAUAAAUAGGUUUUUUU